AUGUGGGGUUGUGCCGUUUGUGGACUGCAAAAUUCCAAGGAAAAGUUUCGAAAAUUAACUUUAGAAGCACUUGCAAAAGUGCAAACUAGUUCUACAGUGUCUUUAUUGACAGUUCAAUUGCAAGAUGAUCAACUUUAUUUAUCAUACAAAGGAGCAAAAAGAAUUUGUUUAAGAGAAGAAGUGUAUCAUGAUUUGUUAAAUAAUACACACAAUCUAGAGAUUUUAGAGCAACGUGUUAAAGUCUUAAAAUUGGAAUUAACUAAAUUACAGGAGUCUUCAACUAAUGAACCUGUAAAAUUUUCACAGUUCUUUGGUGAUCAAGUAGCUCGCGUGACCAAUAUAUUUUAUCGUCCGAUAAAGCAAAAAGUGAUGAUAUUAUGCUCAGCAUUACGUAAUAAGCAAGUUGGUGGAACGAAAACAGCAAUAGGACUUCUUAUGGAACCUCGAAAAAAUGUCGUCAACACUUUAGCUAAUAUGGGAAAGAGUUCAACGUAUCAAACUGUUUAUACAACGCAAACAACAAGAUUAAAUUCACAAUCACCUCAAUCAAAUGGUAAAGCUUGAAGUUGCUUUCCUACAAAUGCAGCCACAACCGUCAAUUAGUUCCUACCAUCACAUCUCGGUAUUUCAGCUUUUCUUCGUAUGAAUAUACUGCUUCUAUUUACAUAUUCGUGUAAAACUUCGGAAGUAUGUUUUGGUAGAUAUGACAAGUAAAUUUUAUUAGAAUAUUACUAUUAAUAUACUCUCUGACUGAAAAAGGUUUAGAUUUCAAUCAUAUAAUGCGCUAAGCC